AUGUCGAUUGACUUAGAAUGGUGCAAGCUCGACUCAUCGCUGGCGACGUACCUCGUUGAAGUUCUAAACAGGCAGCUUGGAAACGCCGAAAGACCGUCGUUCAUAGGACCAGUCGAAGUCACUUCGCUAGACUUUGGCUCUGCAUCUCCAGACGUUGAGCUCGUCGAUCUGCGCGAUAUUUAUCGCGACUUUCUCGAAGACGAUGAAGAGGGCUCCGACAGGGGCCCUGUUAAAGUAACUGAGGGCGCAGAGGACGAGGAAGGAUUUGAAUGGGUCGGCGAAUACGAUCGGGGUGCGUCUAUUCCAGCUACGAACGUUACAUCCUCCCUCGAUACCCGAUCUGACCAGCCCGACGAUCAGAAAGCCCCCCUCCUGCCACCACCCCCUGCGGAAAACCCGCAUCCUAACCUCCAGCUUCACUUGCACGUCAAUUGGCAUUCAAAUCUUCGGAUUACGUUGACUACCUCGCUUCUCAUCAACUACCCCUCCCCGAUGUUCAUGUCUUUGCCGAUAAAACUAUCCGUAACUGGACUCAUUUUCAUCGGCGAAUUAGCGGUUGCUUAUGAGGGCGAACGUCGACGCGUUCACCUUUGCAUUCUUGAUGAUCUGGACCCGUAUGGCCCAGCUGGUGACCGACAGCGACUAUUGCCGUCUAUUUAUAUCGAAAGCGAGAUAGGUCAAGCGGACAAGCAUGUGCUGAAAAACGUUACACGCGUGGAACGAUUCAUCCAGGAUGUCAUUCGCAAGACUGUCGAAGAGGAACUGGUCUUUCCCAACUUUCAUACGAUCGUCAUGGCUGAUUCAUAA